AUGAGGCAUACGGGGAGGCUUACAGCCACACGCGGGGCGACGUACAAGACGGCUGGAGUCGCUAUCCCUAACCAGGACUGGACGUUGAACCUGACCGAGUACACGGGCAUCUCCAAGAAGCAGAUCAAGCAGCGCGAGAAGGACCCGGCCGCUCCGGCGCUCACCCUCACGGUGAAGAACGCAACCGCGAUCAACAACGCCCUGCGCAGAGCCAACGUGUCCACCAUCGACGGCUCGCCUAUCCCAAAGGGUGGCGCCGAGGGAACCACUUCCACGGUCUGGGUGUACGAUCCAGACGGGUACAUGGUCGAGCUCGUCCAGCGCAGCGGCCCCUCCGAUUACUUUACCGUUUCCGAGCCUAACAUCACCAACGGCCCCGGUAUGGAAUACGUUAUUCGGGGGCAGCUCGAUCUCACCAUGUACAACGUCACGGGGGCCAUCACAUUCUACAAAGAUAUCCUCGGGCAGAAUAUCAGCCGAGGCUUCGAACCCCUUAUUGGCCCCGGAGUGUCUAUUAUCUAUCCGGCACAGGACCCUGGUGUUGCCAUAACUACUUAUCUCGUCGAAAACUUGGAUGCCAUUGUGAAAAAGGUCAAGGCUGCCAAGAUCAAGAUCAUUACUGAGGGAGACAAGCCUGUGUGGAUCGAUGGCAAGAAAAGUAUUGUUGUGCGAGACCCGGCUGGGUAUCUUGUACGACUGGACCAAGCUUGUUAG